AUGAUAUCAGGACAGUAUCAUCCACGUAGUGGCAUCCCUACAAAGACUGAUCACUUUGCCGAUUUUCGCUGCAACACUGCUGCUCCCUCGCUCGCACCUGAAAAUACCACUCCCUGGGAACCGUUUUCCUCACGUAUUGACUUCGACUUUGCUGAACUGAUUCUGAAAGCCAACCUCACGAAACUGCAGACGAACGAACUCAUCGGUCUCAUCCGUCGUGCUGCGCUUGAAAGAUUCUCAGUCACCGACUAUGACGGCAUCUGUAAGCUGUGGGAUGCUGCAUCUUCACGCCAUGCAAAAUUCAAAAAGGAAGUGAUUUCGGUCCCACAUAGGGACCAGGAGCACAACUUUGAUGUCUGGUAUAGGCCGCUCUGGGAUUGGGCAUGUGACUUGUUGAAAGACCCUCGCCUUGGUCCGCAUUUUGUGUUCAAUGCUCAACGGUUGUACAAAUUUGACGGACAAAACUUUGUACGUUUCUUUGACGAGCCAUGGACAGCUAAUGCCUUUUGGGAUUGUCAAUCAUCCUUGCCGAAGGAUGAAGGAAAGCCCUUUGCUUUCAUUAUAUAUGCUGAUAAGGCAAAGCUCUCCUCGUUUGGUCGUCAAAAGGCAUAUCCCAUCAUUGCACGAUGUGCGAAUUUACCUGUGGGAAUACGCAAUGGUGAAGGUUUCGGUGGCGGUCGCCUUGUAGGCUGGCUUCCGAUUGUCGAAGAAGACAGAAAGUAUUCCGGGACUCAGUCCUUUGUCAAUUUCAAGAAUGUCGUCUGGCACAAAUCAUUCAAGCGUCUUCUCAAAUCAAUUGCGCUGCUCUCGAAAACCGGUUGUUGGGUCAUGUGUUGGGAUAACAUCAAGCGUCUCUUUUACCCGCUUAUUCUCAUUUUAUCAGCUGACUACGAGGAGCAAUGUGUUAUGGCAUUGAUACGUGGAACCAAGUGCAAAUGUCCUUGUCCCGUUUGUCUCGUUCCUAGAGAAGAGCUUGGGAAUGUACUGACAUCGUACCCACUGCGAACAAGCGCGUCUGUUCAAGCGACAAUCACAGAGGCUCGAAGUUUCAGUCAACAAGAAGACAAAGAAAAGUUAUUAAUGUCUCAAGGCCUCCGAGACGUAGACAAUGCAUUUUCAGAUGUUGCUCACACAGACGUCCAUUCUGCAGUCUCAUUUGACCGCUUACAUGUAAAUAAUGAAGGUAAUUUUUCUGACCAUUUGUGGACUCAGUUUCAGGAACACAUCAAAUCAGUUGGUCGGCAGAUACAGUCUGAAAUCGAUGUACACUUUGACUCAAUGCCUCGUUGGCGCAACAUCAAUCAUUUUAAGCAUGUCAUGGACAUAUCAUUUUCUGACGGCUCGAAGUAUGAAGAUAUCUCUAAGCUUAUUGUAUUUGCCGCACAUGACGUCAUUGACCGAGGCACUCACACACUCCCUUAUCUGCUCCUUCGAUGCAUCCGUGAAUAUGUGAACAUCGACAUGUAUGCUGCUCUUGAAGUGCACACAUCAGAAACCAUUGCUGCGGGCUGUCUGGCCAUAACGGAGUUCACACAACUAUUGGAGCGAUAUAGCACAAAAGAUGACUCAGGAAAGAAUUGGGCAUACCCGAAACGGCAUGCAUAUGCCCACCUGUUCGAUGAUAUUGAAGCAAAGGGUGCUACGCGGAAUACUAACACCAAGCAAAAUGAGAAGUGUCAUGGCCCAAUCAGACGGAUUUAUCUUCGGCGGACGAACUUCAAAAAUAUUGCUGAACAGGUUCUUCGCCUCAACCAUCGCUUCCUCAUUGCGCAUUCAAUUCGUUUGGAUAUCGAGGAUUAUGAUGACCUCAUUGCAUCUCAAAAGGACCCUUUGUACUUGAGCGGUGCGGACAAUGAUGAAGACCUCGACAAUGACUUGGACGUCACACUUCAUGUUAAGUUGGGUGCAGCGCAAAACGAGCAAACAUUUGCGGCCUUGGAGCAAGAGCAUGCAAGCGAUAAUGCAUUCAAUCGGUUUCGCAUCAAGCUUGCAAACUUUCUGAGUGAUUCCCUCCCUGCUCACGGAAUACCGCUACCUGGCGGAAAACGAAUCAAGUUCAUGCCUGACGAAACUGUAACCGAGCAUCGCUUCGUAAAGGUCAACUAUGAGUCCAUUGUGGACUGGCGCACUGCUACAGACUAUCUUCGAUGUAGUCCCUCAUUUCACAACUUCCCUCGAUAUGACUGCAUCAUCCUUCAAACUCAAGCCAGAGUGAUAUUUGGGCGUUUACUGAUGCUUUUCACUUGUGUCGUGGAUGGUCAAACUCAUCCAGUUGCUCUUGUUCAUCCAUAUGAUGCUCUGGUUGGACAACACUCUCUCAAAGAUAAACACUUUCAGUUCUGGCGUGUUCAUCAAAGACCGAGGAUCUCAUCCGAAUUUUUUUCAGUUCACUCAAUCAUCCGUGGCGCAGCACUUGCAGAAGAUCAUAGCAUCCAGGGUGAUUACCUGGUUAUUGACACAAUUGACACUGACAUGUUCUUGCGCAUGAAGGUGAUGCACAAGUCUGCCGGUCAUGUGGAAUGAAGAACUGGC